AUGGAGUUAGCCAAUGGGAGUGGGGUGCAGGAAUUCAUUUUGCUGGGAUUUGGAGCUGUACAGCAGAAGCGGAUUCUGCUUUUCAUCUUUUUCACCGUUCUCUACAUGCUCACUUUGGCUGAGAACAUCACCAUUAUCACAGUGGUGCUUCUAGACACCCACUUGGCCCGGCUUCCCAUGUACAUCCUACUGAGCAACUUCUCCUGGCUAGAGAUGUGUUAUGUGACGACCACUGUGCCCCGGAUGCUCUUUGACUUGGCAUCCCCUCAAGGGAUCAUCUCCUUCAGAAACUGCUUCCUUCAGUACUACCUUUUAUUCUCUUUUGGCUCCACUGAAGAUUUCUAUCUUUCAGCCAUGGCCUUGGAUCGGUACCUGGCCAUCUGUCACCCACUACGCUACCAACAAAUUAUGACCCCCGAUUUCUGCUAUGCUCUGGUGGCUGCUUGUUGGAUCCUUGGUUUCCUAUGGCAGGUUUUGCCAGUGCUUUUGAUCUCCAAGUUAUCUUUCUGUGGCCCCAACAUCAUUGACCAUUUUUUGUGUGACCCUGGGCCAAUUCUGUCCUUGGCUUGCCCUCCAGUAGGAAACAUUCCUCUCCUCUGUCAAAUUGUUGCCGAUGCUCUGAUCAUUCUAGGCAAUUUCUUCUUUGUUGUGCUCUCCUAUGGUGCUGUGAUUCUUACCCUGUUGAAAACCUCUAACCGAGGCAGUCGGAUGAAGGCCUUCUCUACCAUAUUUUUCCACUUAGUGGUGGUGACCCUUUACUAUGGCCCUAUAGCUGGAAUGUAUGUAAUUCCAAGCAGGGAAAGUCAGUCAGAGAUCACUAAGGCAGUAACUCUCUUCUACACUACUGUGACACCCUUUCUCAACCCCCUGAUCUACUGUCUGAGGAACGAUCAGGUGAGGGAUGCCAUAGGAAGACUGCGGAGGAGAAAGCUCCCUUGCAACACUACGGAAGAAGACAACUGCUUAUAG